UAGCUGAAUAUAUAUGUUUUAAUGCAGGUGCAUGCUACGUUACCCUGUUUCAAUGUUACGUAUUUCUAAGCUCAGUGUUGAUCUUCAAUGUACGUUCAUAUAAAACCAUGUCGAUAUCAUCAAAUGAAAUACCUCCAGUUCCUCAGCAACAGAAAAGUAAGAAUAGUCAGCAUAAACAAGCCUUGUAUGACAGAACAUAUGAUUUAGUAGUGUUGAUGAGAUUGUUAAUUGUUGGUGUUUUAGUAUUAACGUAUAUCUUCAGUAACCAUGUUCAAACAAUGAUUAACCAACUUUGGUAUUAUUUACUGACAUCGGCGAUAUACAAUUCGGUAUAUUUUGAGACAUGGUUUACAACUUUUUGCUAUGCUUUUAUUAUUGCAAUUUAUCCAUUUGUACUUCACUACAUAAAACCGUUUGAAAAAUACAAAAUCCAUCAAUCAGUUACUUAUCAACAUCAAUCUGUAUUAUUUCUAGUGUGGAAAGCUAUUCUUUAUAUGGCACCAUUAGCUACUAUGGACACAUUCAUUGUUAAAAAGUAUCAUGGAGUGCAACCUGACAUUUGGGAUGAGAAAAGAGUAGAUUGGAUUCAGACUACACGUGCUUUGCCGGAAAUGCCACCAACAGUACUGCAAUUGAUUGUUCAUUUGAUUGGAAGCGUGUUAUUGUUUGAUUUAAUUUUCUUUUUCAUACAUUUUUCACUACAUAGAAACUUUUGGUUGUACAAAACGUUUCAUCGCUACCACCAUGAUCACGACGUUCUUCAUCCGCACGUCACUGACCAAUUGACGGUGACCGAAAGAUUAGCUCUCGUGUUAUCUGCUAACUUUGCUCUAAAAUGUUUCAAUAGCCAUCCAUUAACUAGAACAUUUUUUGUUCCGGUUUUUGUGUUUUUAUUAGUAGAAAAUCAUACUGGUUAUGAUAUACCUUUAGGUAUACACCGAAUAAUUCCUUUCGGAAUACUCUCAGGGCCUGUCAAACAUUAUAAUCAUCAUGUAAACGGCGAGAGAAACUACCAACCUUUUCUCAAUUAUAUGGACUAUAUUUUUAUAAAAUAGUUUAGAUUAAUAUACUAUUACAAUUUGAUUUUAUAUCGUGUAUUUAUAUAGAAAUGAAGAUCUUUUAUAACAAGCACAGGGAAACUGACAUUUGUUUGAAUAAAUGACAGUUAUUAAAUU